CUAGAAGAAAUCCGUGUCAUCGUACAAUAAAGCGUAGCUCGAUAUUCCUUAGCAAGCAUAUUACGACAUUAAAAUGAUAUCGUCAUGCAAUUUGAAUGCAGUAAAAUAUUAACAAUAAGUAGAACAAAAAUCUAAAGAAUUUCAGUUUAAUUUAUUUUAAUUGACACUUAACCAGACAACUUGGCAAAGUGUUAUUCACGGUCAUCCGUUUCCGUAUACGUAGCAUAUUGCGCACACAUACGGAUGCUAAUACAUGUAUGACGCCUGCGUCGAUGUGUAGACCUGUCAGUGUCCCAUUGACGUAGAGGUUAACGGAGUAUUGCAGGCACACCUUAGGGUUAAAGUUAACAAUGAGAAAAAUUGUUAGGAAAAGAAAGAAAUUAUUCUGACGGACACUCUUUUUGUUUAAAUUGACGUUUGGUCUUUGUUUGUGAAAAAGUUACUUGUUUAAGUUGUGUACAGUACGAUUGUCUCCGAACUGCUAGAACUUAGAAAUUUUUUCUUACCUCCUAGAGCAUUAAGAAUUACUCGCAAUAUAGUAUAAUAUAUGAAUAAUAUAAUAUCGACCAAUCGCGCCUGAAAUUAGCAAUUUUUCUGAAGACUUUUCAGAGUUAACCUCUCUAACGUAUAAAUAGCGAAUACGAAAAAAAGGAAAUACAAUUUGCGUCACAUUACGACUCGCAGAAAAGCGAUAGCAAUAUCUUUGUUCAAUGAUUCGAAAAGACGUCCCUCUGACUAACGAGUCUAAUAAUGCUGCUGAGGAGUCAUUUCAACAUGGAGAAAAUCGCGGAAUUUACAACCAAAAUACACUUGGCAGUAGGCAGUUGAAUACAAGUGAAUCUAUGGCUAAUAAUACUGGUAUUAUGUUGAACAACGCUGACUUUCCUUCCAACACAGCUGCCAUUGAGACAAACAGAAAUCAAACUUUGUACAGCAGCCAGCCAGCGCAGAACAGUGGACCACCUGUUCCAAAUAACAAUCCACCUGUAAAUACUAAUGCAUCCUUGAAUAGUGGUUUGUUCACAAGUAGAAGCCAUCCACAGUCAAGCACUAGCUCUAUUAACAGUGUCUUGUCCCCAAAUAGUGACUCAGCCUAUAAUAACACACCUAUUGUCACCAGUGGACCUCCUUUAAAAAAUAGUCUGACUUUGGAUAGUGGCCCUCCAAGCCAAAGUAGUCUGCAUUUGAAUAGUGGCCAUCCAAGCCAAACUAGUCUACUUUCAAAUAGUGACCUAGUUUUCAAUAGAUCAAGUGACAAUAGCAAACCUCCAUCAAAUAGUAGUCAGCCAUUGAAUAAUGGUCCCACAAGUCAAAGUAGAUCACCAGUAACUAUUAGUUUACAGCCAAAACUUGGCCCUUCAUUACAGAAUAAAUCAUCUGUAUCGAUUGGCCCACAAAUGAGCAGUGGUUUGCAGUCAAGCAGCGGGCCUGCACAACAAAAUAGAUCACCAAAUACUACUGGGUUACAGUUAAGCAGUGGACUUACAACACAAAAUAGGUCACCAGUCAGUAGUGGUACACAAUUAGGUACACUGUCUUCAAUAGGCACUGGUCCAGUAAGACAAACCAAAUCACAAAAUGCAGGAAUACCUCAGAUGAUUAAUGGACCUGCAAUGAAAAAUAGGUCACUUAUUACUGGCCAGCAAUCAAAUACUGCUCUACCAUCAAAUAUAGGACCUCCAUUGCAAAGCAAACCAUCUAUGACAACUGGCUUACAAUCUAAUGUCAUUUCACAACAAAAUAUUAGUUAUCCUCCACAAAAUAGACCAUCUGUUGCAGCUGGACCUCCAUUGGAUGAUAGAUCACUUGAAAUGAAUGCUUCAUCGCUACAAAAGCCAGUUGUUAGCACAGGUCCGCUAUUGCCAAGUGGUCCACAGUCAAGCAGUGCUCCAUCGAUUCAAAGAUCAACUGUCAGUACUGGCCUACCAUUACAAAGUGGUUCACAACUCGUCAAUGGCCCUCCUACACAAAGUAAUCCACCUACUACAGCUGGACCCCUGUACAACACUGGUUUACCACUGAGUAAUGGGCUACCAAUGUAUAGUAGUGCAUCUCUCAACUUAAAUAGUUUAACAUUAAGUGGACCUUCAACUUUGAGUGGUCCAAGGAUGAACUCUGGACAACCUUUGUUACAUAUUCCACCUUAUAGUAAUGUUCCUUCACUACAUAGCAAUUCACUUGUUAGUGCUAGCUCACCAUUGAGUGCUCCACCAACGAGCAGAGAUCCUCAUUACAGUACUGGAUUACCAGCAAACAAUGGUCCUCCUGGCUUCAAUAGUAGCGCUCAGUUCAGAGAUAUACCUUUGAACAGCAGUUCUGCAUUAAACAGAAAUCCCAUUCCACAUAAUGUGCCUAUGGCAAAUUAUGGCCCGAUGAGUGCAGAUUCUGCAGAAAUGCGGCCAAAUCAUUUGAAUGCAUAUUCUCAAAACAACCAAUUAAAUCAAUAUCAAAAUGCAUCAGUGUCAAGAACUGGCUUCAAUAAGAUGUGGGGUAUGGAUUACGUGGAUCUCAUGCAGUGCAGAAACAUUCUGCCGACGGACAAAGUCUCACCACCUAGGAUAAAGUUGCAUCAAGAUUUGUUAGAUCGCGCCAACUGCAGUCCUGAGAUAUUUCGCUGUACAUUAACGAAAAUUCCCGAUUCGAAUUCGCUACUGCAAAAGUCACGCUUACCGCUAGGCAUUCUUAUACAUCCAUUCAAAGACUUGAAUCACUUGCCCGUCAUACAAUGUAGCUCGAUUGUACGUUGUAGAUCUUGCAGAACCUACAUCAAUCCUUUCGUAUACUUUGUAGACAGCAAGAGGUGGAAGUGCAACUUGUGCUUCAAAGUCAACGAGCUCCCCGAAGAGUUUCAAUUCGAUCCAGCAACAAGAUCUUACGGAGAUCCAAGUAGACGGCCAGAAAUUCGUGCAAGUACCAUUGAGUUCAUCGCACCAGCUGAGUACAUGUUACGGCCGCCUCAACCCGCGGUAUAUCUUUUUAUAUUUGACGUAUCUAAGCUUGCCGUGGACAGCGGAUAUUUGCAGCUAGUUUGCAAUAUCGUUUCGGAAGAGAUGUCUAAGCUCCCCGGAGACAGUCGAACUCAAGUUGGAUUUAUAGCUGUGGACUCGGCUGUACAUUUCUUUAGUAUACAAGAGAACGCAUCUCAGCCUCAUGAGAUGGUCAUGUUGGAUAUUGACGAUGUAUUCCUACCGUGUCCGGAUAAUUUGAUAGUCAAUUUGCGCGAACACCAAGAGCUUGUCAAAGACUUGCUGCAACAGCUGUCAUAUAUGUUUAGAGAUACUUUCGACACUAAUUGCGCAUUAGGAGCUGCUCUUCAAGCUGCAUUUAAGCUGAUGUCACCGACUGGUGGUCGAGUGACAGUGUUCCAACUGUGCCUACCGAACAUUGGUCCAGGUGCACUUACGGCACGAGAAGAUCCAAAUACGCGAGCUGCCAAGGACGUUCCACACUUGAAUCCUGCCACAGACUUCUAUAAACGUUUGGCUCUAGACUGCAGCGGUCAACAGAUAGCCGUAGAUCUUUUCCUGCUAAAUUGUCAGUACAGUGACUUGGCUACCUUAUCUGGCAUCUGUAAAUUUUCCGGAGGUUGUAUCUACUACAUACCGCUGUUCCAGGCAUCGAAAUUGCAACAUAUCGAGGCUUUGGAGAAAAUGCUAAGACGUUAUCUCACUAGAAAAAUUGGUUUCGAAGCAGUCAUGAGGAUUCGUUGUACACGUGGUUUGAGCAUCCAUACGUUCCACGGCAACUUUUUCGUUCGAUCGACAGACCUGUUGAGUUUGCCUAAUAUCAAUCCAGACGCAGGCUUUGGCAUGCAGGUGACUAUCGACGAAAAUCUGUCGGAUAUGCAGCACGUCUGCUUCCAAGCUGCCUUACUUUACACUUCGAGUCGAGGCGAAAGGCGAAUUCGCGUUCACACUCUCUGCCUACCGGUCACCACAAAUUUAUCAGACGUCAUUUAUUCGGCCGAUCAGCAGUGUAUCAUAGGAAUGUUAUCAAAAAUGGCAGUAGAUAGGUCGCAACAGGCUUCGCUAUCCGAUGCCAGGGAAGCGCUUAUCAAUGCAGUCGUUGACGCGCUGUCUGCUUACAAACUUUUGCAGUCGUACCCGGGUGGUGGAUUAGUUGCACCGCAGAACCUGAAACUGUUGCCGAUGUACAUAGUCUCGCUGCUGAAGAGCCGAGGAUUCAGAUUCGGAUUAAGCACGCGAUUGGAUGAUCGUGUGUUUGCCAUGUGCCAGCUGAAGACUUUGCCUUUGAAUCAGCUCAUACAGCUUAUUUAUCCAGACUUUUAUGCAGUGCACGAGUUCGUCAACAAACAAAUUGAAGAGGUAGAUGGACAAAUUGUAUUACCCAACAGACUACAUCUAUCGGCCGAGAAGUUGGACUCAAGAGGUGUAUUUUUACUAGAUAAUCUUGACCACAUGUAUCUGUACGUGAGUAAGAACGUUCAUCCAUCAUUCUGUUACAAUGUGCUCGGUGUGGCGAGUUUCACGGCAAUACCCGAGGAGAUGUUUGGGCUACCAGAAUUGGAUACUCCGGAAUCGGAUAGACUUAGGACUUUGAUCAAUUGUCUGCAAGAGGAUAAACCUUAUCCGGCAACUUUACAAGUAAUUAGGGAUGACGGUCACUUUAGGACACUGUUUACCGAGCGCUUAAUAGAGGACAGAUUCGAGAACGCAUUGAGCUACUACGAAUUCCUUCAGCAUAUUAAAACACAAGUUAAAUAAGGGUAUAUUUGUAAUAUUUUUCAUGUAUGGGUGGAUAUUCGCAAACAAACGUGAAUUUGUUAUAAAUAAAUAUUGAUAAAUUGUAUAAAAAAUAAAUAUAAUAACAAUACAAGUAAAGCAUUACGUCAAUGUACUUUUCUGUUAAUUUUUCUUUACAGCGAUUUGUAGAAAAUUGUGCAAAAACCGUGAUUUGUUUCUUAAUUUAAAGUGAAAUUAAACGAAACGUUUGAAUAUUAUAGUAUAUACACGUUGUAUACAAGUUUAAUAAAUAAAUAAUGU